UCUUACCAUUGCAGUUAUUUCUCUAGGAACUUUGAGGGGAGGGUGCAUGGAAAGUCGAGGCAAUAUAGUUAAAAGAAACCGUGUCUGUCUGGAUUAAGACACCGACAGCCUCAGUAAAUAUUAAGUCGGUAAUGUGAAGCCGAUGGUGUGAAUAGAUUGCUGGUGGUGUAAGAGGAGGUGUAUUUUAGAAUCCGUGGCUGAGCUGUCUAGUUUUAUAUCUUCUAACAGAAUCAGCAUAGGUGAGUGGUUGGUUUGUUUUUAAUCACUGCUGUAUAAAUUCAAAUAGUAGGGAAGCAAAUCUUCCUCAGCAUUCAUCCCUCUACAAGCACAGAAGCUGUCAUUAAAGCUGUUUCACAGAAUGAAUUCUUGUCCAGUUAUAGCAAGAGAGGGUCCUGUGCGAAGGGUCGCUAUCUUUGGAGGAACCCACGGCAAUGAGUUGUCUGGGGUAUUCCUGGUCAAGCACUGGCAGGAUGAUGGAACAGAGAUUCAGCGACCGGGGUUGGAGGUACAGCCUUUUAUCACCAAUCCAAGAGCAGUGGAGAAAUGUUGCCGAUAUAUUGACUGUGACCUGAAUCGGGUUUUUGAUCCUAAAAGACUUGGCGAACAGCUUGCAGACAACACUCCAUACGAAGUGAGAAGGGCUCAAGAAAUAAACUACAUAUUUGGUCCAAAAGGUAGCCAAGGAGCUUAUGACCUUAUCUUUGACCUGCACAACACAACAGCUAACAUGGGUGGCACCAUCAUACUGGAAAACUCCAGGGAUGAUUUCACAAUUCAGAUGUGUCGCUAUAUAAAGGAUGCUUUGGCUCCAGAAGGCUGCCCUGUUUUCCUCAUUGAGCAUCCCAACCUGAAAUAUGCAACGACCCGGUCUAUAGCAAAACAUCCUGUUGGCAUUGAAGUGGGUCCUCAGCCCCAAGGAGUUCUCAGGGCUGACAUUUUGGACAAAAUGCGGAGGAUCAUCAAGCAUGGCCUUGACUUUGUGCAAAUGUUCAAUGCAGGAAAAGAAUUCCCUCGGUGUACAAUUGAAGUUUACAAAAUAAUGGAGAAAGUAGAUUAUCCAAGAAAGAAAAAUAAUGAGAUCAUGGCUGUCAUUCACCCUAACCUGCAGGAUCAAGACUGGCAGCCUCUCAACCCUGGUGACCCUAUGUUUUUAACUCUUGAAGGAAAGACAAUCCCAUACGAAGGAGACGUGAUAGUAUAUCCAGCCUUUGUGAAUGAAGCUGCUUAUUAUGAAAAGCAACAAGCUUUUGUAAAAACUGUAAUAGAAAAAUUGAGUGCAGAAGGGAUCAGGGCAUGUGUCUCUUAGAACUGGAAUAAUUUUUCAUUUAACUUUUUCAAAUCUUAGGAUGAAACCCAAUUACAGAUGCAUUUGAUCUUUCUAACUCAAGAUGGCCAGAACUCAUAGGCUGUAACUCAGACAGAGACUUUAAUAUUUAAUGGUAAGGAAUAUUUUUUAAGGAAUAAGCACUUUGAAGGCAAUAUGAUCAAUCAACAUUCAGAAGUAUUGUUAGUAUGAAUGUAUUUUAGUAUUUUUUUUAUAAAUACUAAAUGCUAAAUAUUUUUUUAAUUAAUAGCACUUUUUAAUAACAGAGAGAUAUGUUUUGUAUUUAAUGUGUUAUGCACCAAGAAGCUGAACAUGGGGAUAUUUCAUGGCCAUUACUGAGGAAGGAGAAGAGGCAAUUGACAAAUUAAACCUGUAAAGAUUAUAUUGUAUUUUACACCAGUAAGGGCACCUCAAGUUCUGGAAGAGCUGCUGUUAUGGGAAAAGUUUUGUUGGAAAUCCUGGAAGCCAAUACCAAAGUUUGGGGGCAAGUACCCUUUGGUGAGAGAACCCCAGCAGAGAUUUAACAUAGCAAAACAUGCAACAAAGGAAAGUGUAGAGAUAACGGCUGUAAAACCUUUAAAAUGUGCCAUUUCCAGUGAAUCCCAACAUAUCCCACUUUUAAUGGUUCUUUCCAAAGUAUUCCACUUCUCUAGCAGGUAGACCACACGUUUAGUAAGCUAUAAAAUAGAUUACUUACAAAACUCUUCAAAUGCCAGAUUCAUGGGCUUUUCCAUACAGCAGUCAGAAAAAGUUGCACAGGCAGUAAAAUGUUGCUUGGUUACAAAAUGGUAAAAGUUCCUAAACUAUUGGUGUAGGAAAACAUUAGUUUCAGACUUCAUUCUUGUCUGAAACAAAAUAGGCUGGUUAAAGCCAUGUGGCUGGAAGGAGCAGCUCAGAGCUCCUCACACACCAAACUCACAUGUAGACUGAAUAGAACAAAAGGCUUGGUUUUCUAAGCUGAGGUGAAGUGGCGUAGGCUAAGCUUGCAUACUAGUUAUAUGAGGCUGGUUUAGACUAUAAGAUUCACCUCUUGAAAUCCUGCCUGCCAUGGUUAGUAGCAAACUGCACCUUAUCAGAGAGACACUGGCUGCUACAUUAACAUUAAGCAGCUGAGAAGCAUGGAGAAAUGGGCAUGGCGGCUUCAGAGUAGCAUUCUUAAUAGAGUCACAUCUGAAUAUUAUUUAGGGAGGUUAAUCUGGAACUGGAGUUGGGGAAAGGUUUCCAGUGAAGGUGAGAGUGGACUUAUGAGCCAAAACAUUUGGGUCAUGAGGAUGAUCUCCCCAGCAUGUGUGUGUUUAGAUUUUUUAUCAGAGUGGUAGCCCUGGGGAUAUAUAAAUAAAUUAUUCCAAUAUUUUUCUGCUGUGGAGGAGGAGAUACUUGUACUCUUGAGGGACAACUCAACCGAGGACCCCCUCUAUCCAUUGCAGAAAAGGUACUUAUAGCGGUAAGUCCAACAUUCUGUUUUUAAAAAAGUGUUUUAUAAAGUUUGGGUUGAAUAAAAUGGAACAGGGGUCUAUCUAUGCAGGGAUGGCUUCAGGCCUGAAAACACACACCCCCUUCUAUCUUAAUGGACCCAUGGCAGGCUUAGCUGGCAGUGGAGCAAAGAUGAAUAAACACCCAGCAAUAAAAGAUAAUGGGAGAGGAUUUCCCCCAGCAAAUUAUUUGUCAAAAUUACAAAUACCUAAAUACAGGUGGUCAUUUACCCUCGAUAGAUUCAACGUGCUACCAUCUGCCUUAUUGCAGGGCAGAUUUGAGGGUAAACCAUGCGCGGAACGAGUCUGCCCCUGCGGCUUGAUGGAGGUAGAAACUGUCUCCCAUGCCUGGUUACGUUGCCAUUUUUGUGGGGAUAUGCGUUCGGUAUUCAUUACCCCCGCUUUGCAAAAAUCUUCAAAUGAAUCCGAACUUCAAUGUCUAAAAUCCCUGGUAGAGGACAAGGAUCCUGAGAUCACGUUAAGAGUAGCCAAAUUCUGUGUGACUGCCAUAAAACGCAGGGAACAAGUGAUGCUAUCAUAAUGAUUAAGCCCUUAAAAGAUAAUUUUAGGUUGCAUUUUAGUAACUAAGUUUUAAUUUAUAUAUUUUUAUAAUUGUUGUUAUAUCUGUAUUGUCCCUUGUAUCCCUAUUGUGUUUUAUGAUUUCCUUGAUACUGUAUGUGGGCUGGAACUGGUCUGUGACCGUAAUAAUAAGUUCAUACCUGGCAGUGGUGGUAACAUCAAGCAACAACAGCAGAAUUAGCAGUGGACAGUUUGGAGCUUUUGUUUACAUUUCUCAUAAUGUCCUAUAGCAAUGCCAUUGAGGGGGCAUUGUGAGAAAUAAAAAUGGGGGCCCGAGGGCACAAUGAACUGGUUCCAUGGUACCUUCUGUGCUUAUAUAUUUGGGCUGUGUAUGUGAUAAAGGGGAGCCAUACUGUGGUGAAGGCGUCCUCUUCUAUUUGUUCCCAUGUAUUCAUCAGUGUAUUCAUCCUUGUUUACUCCUGACAGUUCUCUCCAGUGUCUAGCUAUGAGGCUUCUAGCUGCUAAGAGUAGGUGGGUUAUAAGCUCUGUAUAAUGUGAAUGGUCAUUAUGAUCUUGGAAGAUGUUCAGUAGAGCCAGUUCUGGGGUGAGUUCUAAUGCCUGCGGUCCAGAAGGCUUGGAUUUUAGGGCAUUCCCACCACAUGUGGAGGUAUGUGCCUGUGGAGGUGCAGCCUCGCAAACAUCUUAGUGAUGUUGGCAUAUCAGUGCCAGUUUCCGUGGUGUUAAGUACCACCUGUAGAUGAGUUUCUGAGUGAAUUCCCUUCUUUUGACUGAUAUGGACUUAAAGGGAGGUAUAUACCACAUUCUAGUCCAUUGGGAGGGAUUCAUUUCAUAGCCUAUGCCAUGCUCCCGUUGUUCUUUGAUUGCUAUUUAUUGGUGCUAAUGUAAUUUGUGGAACAACUAAACAAAACACGAUUGAGAAUCAAAUGUUUAUAAAAGUAUCCAUUUUAUUUCUCUUAUUCACAAUAAAUAUCUUUUUCUUAAAAACAUUGAAUAACAACAAAUAUUUAAAUAAAGGUCAUAACAUUCAGCAUAACAGUGGUACCAUAUUAUAGUUUCUAUCUUUUCCCUCAUUUUGUUCUUUGGAAGACUUAUCUCAUAUGGCCAUUUGGCUCUAAAGUGCUGAUUGGGAACCAAAAGGGUACAACAGCCAUAAAGACAUGCCUUUAGAAUAGUCUUCAGAAAAAUAUGGUGGGCUAUUGCUGCACCAGUGACUCUGUGUAUGUGUGCAUACACGUCUUGUUAGCAUGCAAACCAUCAUUCAUAAUUUCACAACAUAAAAACAAGAACAUUCUUCAGUAAGUAUCCAUGAGGAUUAAGGCACAUUAUGCAGGAAUGACUGGAUAUAAAUACUGUACAUAUACACCAUAAACACAUAUAAAUUAUUCCCUUUGGAUAUGUGCUCAUCUUCCUUUCACAGGAUAAGAUUGGCCACCUUUUUGAAUCUCCCAUUAAAGUUAGGAGGUGAGGUGGCUCCUCUCAUCCAUUCCCUCUGCAGUACUGUCUUCUGGCACCCGGGCAAGCAGGUACCCAGGUGAGCACAGGAAGGGUCUGAGAGAAUAACCACUCUCAGAAUAGUUAGUGCUGAAGAUUUCAUACUGUGGUUUCACUUCAAAUCUGAAAUGCAUUUUGUGUGUCAUAAUUUCUUCAUUGUUUCCUAGUAGAGAGGUGGAUGGAAGAAGGUAGAUAGCGAUCUACUAGUACAUCUCAGGGCCAUUUGCAGUAGAUUGACAAGGAUUUCCAACUCCCAGCAACAAUAGCAGCAACAAAAUGACUCCCUGCACCGCCCUUAAUUUAUACUGCUGAAAUGAAGAGAGCAUAGAGGUAACCAAGAGUGGGUUUUCAUGUAUAACUCUGUUCCAUUCUGCUGACCUAAAAAAGCUUCUAAGUUCAGUAUUCUUUUAAGCAUAUGUCUUUUGCACCCGGUUCUAGUUAGUGGAUCUCAAAGAAUAAAAAACAGACAAUAGAUCCCAAGGGACUCUAGUAAAAAUAGCAGUAGAUCCCAUAAGUCUGAUGUUUGCCCGCCCCUGCCCAUAGUACAACCAACAGUCUCAAGGCUUCAUAGGAAGUAAAACAAACAAACA